AUGAACUGUGCUCCUAUAGAAUUAAAUCCAUCAGCGAUAUAUUCACCUUCUGUUUAUAUAUAGGCUCUACUAAUCCAUAGAGAUUAAAUCCCAUAAAAUGAGAUUCCUCAAACAAGUUACCAAAAAAAUGAAAUCAAACAUGCUUGUGAAUAAUAAAUAGUUGUUCUAGAUUGCAAAAAGAAGAAGAGGGCAAGAAAGAAGAAAAUUAGAAGAAAGGAAAUAAAAUUAUUAAUGCCAGAAAUAGAUGAUUAUCAUAAAUAUAUUAAUAAUUUGGACUUAAUGGGUUAAUGCAAAUGUGCCAUUGCUUCAUGUCCAAAAGAUGAUAUCGACUCCAUAAAGAUCUCAUCUCGCUCUAUCCAAAUAUCAAUCAAAUAGCAUAAAAACUAUUAGGGUCAGACUUCCGAUCACAUAGAACCCCAUAUCCAAAAAGAUGUAGAUUCUGGAGUGAUCAAAAAUUCAAUCAAUAGCAAAAUAUCCAUCUAAGAAUUAUCUAAGAAUUUGAUAUAAACUUCAAAAAAAAUGCCUGAUCCAGUCAUUCAAACACUUCAUUCAUUAGAGAGGAAAACUCUACCAGUAAUUUCAAUAUUCUAAACGAGUUAAUAUAAUUGCCAACUGGAACUUAAUAUGAAGGUGAGUGGAUGAAUGGAAUGAGGGAUGGAGUUGGCAAAUAGAUUUGGCCAGAUGGAUCAUUUUAUGAAGGACAAUGGAAGCUAGAUAGAUCCAAUGGACAUGUAUUAAUCAAUAUAUUAUUGUAAUAGGGUAAAUUGGUACAUGCCAAUGGUGAUAUCUAUGAUGGUGAAUGGAUUCAAGAUGCUGCAUGUGGAAAAGGAAUCUAUCUUCGUUAAAAUGGAGCAAAAUAUGAAGGUGAUUGGUUAAAUGAUUGUUAACAUGGAAAAGGUUUUGAAACAUGGCCUGAUGGAGCUUACUAUUAAGGAGAUUAUAAAUUUGGCAAAAAAAAUGGUCAUGGUAUCUUGACAUUUAAUGACGGUGCCAAUUAUGAAGGUUCUAUGAUCUAUUAUAUUUAGGAAACUUUGUCGACAACGAAAUUUCAGGAAAUGGAACUUACAAAUGGCCUGAUGGACGAAUAUAUGUAGGCUAUUGGUAAGAUAAUAAAAUGCAUGGGGAGGGAAGACUCAAAUGGCCUGAUGGAAAGUGUUAUUAAGGAGUAAUAUUAAGCACAAUAUCUGUUCUAGAAUUAUGAGAAUGACAAAAAGUAAGGGAAUGGGAUAUUUGACUUUGGAGAUGGUAGAAAAUAUAUUGGGACUUGGAACAAUGGUAAACAACAUGGAUUAGGAAUAUAUUAUUAUAAUGAGACACAAUUUAAAAUUGGACUAUGGUAGGAAGGGUAAAGAACUAAAUGGUUAAAUGAGAAGGAAAUAGAAGAUGAGAAAAACUCAAUUUCUAUUCUAUAAAACUGUUAAUAAAUUGAUUUUUGA